AUGAGCAUUCUAAUUAUUGCAAGAGACUGUGGGUUACAGUUCUCGGAUAGUGCUUCUGAUGAUGCUGAUAUUUGUGCUGUUUGCUUGGAGAGAGCAUGUACAGUUGCUGCCGAAGGUUGCGCGCACGAGCUAUGUGUGAAAUGUGCUCUCUACCUCUGCUCGACCAGCAAUAUCCCUCUCGAAUCAAACAUACUGCCCGGCACAAUCCCUUGCCCCCUCUGCCGGCACGGAAUCCUGUCUUUUACCCGACUGGCGGUGGGCCCCACCGAAAAGCAGACCAUAUUACCAAUAUCGCCCCUCGGCUUGUGCACGCCAUGCAUGCUCCACAACAGAGAGCACGACCGGUCUGAGUCGACCCGCUCGCCCGACUCAAGAAAAGGGAGACGGGCCGAUUCGGAUUCUAUCUCGUCUGACAUCUUUUGCCCCGUCACGUGCAGCCCAUUUCCAUCCAUGACGAUGAUCCCUCUCUGCACGUGCAAAAACGGGCCCUGCCCAAACUUUGAUGUUGGGCCUGGGGAGGCGUGUUUGGAUGGCUCGAGGCCCGUGGUGUCAGAAGAGCGGGAAAAUGUGGAUGGGAUAAGAUUGGAGAAAACGACUUGUUCGAGUAUGUUUUGGGGGAGGAGAAGCUGCAGCAGGGAACACCAGUGUAAUGCUGAGAUUAACGCGUAA